UUGAUGAAGAUUUUGAACAAUUAGCAGCUCAAUCAGCUUCAUUAUUUAAUACUUCAAAUAAAAGUGAUGAUGAUAAUGAGAAUAAAAUUGAAAAAUUAAUUUCAAAACUUGUAAAAGAAUAUAGAGAAAGACUUUUAAGGAUUUACAGAGGAAGAAAAAGUUUAGAUUUAGGAGAAAUGCUUGUUGCACUACCUCCCGAUUUAACUUGCAACAUUUGUAGCGGAAACGAAAAGAGUUUGAGUAGUUCAAACAGUGUCGUUUCCCAAGAGAACAAUCCAAACAAUCCACCAAGAAGAAAAUCGGUUGGAGGGGAUGUUAAAGGAGGGAAUAAAGAAGAAAACAAAACUUCGACUUAUCAGAGCGGAUUUUUGUUUAAUAUAAAGGACCCGAUUUGGAGGCCGUUGAGUGAAAUGGAUGUUUUGAACCCGGAUUGGUCUAAUAAUAAUAAAAAUAAUAAUCUUGCCGAUUAA